AUGGGGUCUAUUGAUAACUCGGUAGAUGCUGUUAUCUCUUCUGAGAUCGGCAGCACGUCGCCCGCCAAUGGUGGUCAGACUAAUGGUAUUGAACGUGAUGUUGUUCAACAUUUGACAAGAUUUUCUCUGGAUGAGCCGACGGUGGACGAUCCAAGACCUUUGAAAGUCGCUGUGAUCGGGGCUGGAUUGGCGGGAAUCUUGGCUGGGGUUUUGUUGCCGGCCAAAGUACCCAAUAUUCAAUUGACUAUUCUUGAAAAGAAUAAUGAAGUGGGAGGAACAUGGCUCGAAAACAUCUAUCCGGGGGUUCGAUGUGAUAUCCCUGCCAAUGUGUAUCAAUCGACCUUUGCGCCAAACACUCAGUGGUCGCAACUCUUUGCUGAAGGGGCUGAGAUCAGGAAUUAUUGGCAAGAUAUCGCUCGAAAAUUCAAUGUCUACCAGUAUAUCCGGUUUGGUCACAAGGUGACCGGUCUUGAGUGGAACUCCGCGGCCUCGCACUGGAAGAUCAACUUUGACACAUCCGAAACAUCGUCGUUGUCAGAAACUUUUGACUUUGUCAUUCCAGCCUUGGGACACUUCAACGACUGGCGUUUGCCUGACUACCCCGGCAUCAAGGACUAUAAAGGACUUCUCCGACAUACCUCGAAUUGGGAUGCUACCUUUGAUCCGACGGGAAAAAGAGUCGCAGUGAUUGGCAACGGGGCCAGUGGCAUUCAAGUCACACCGCAUCUCCAACCCAUUGUUUCGCACCUCGACCAUUAUGCUCGCAAUAAGACGUGGGUGGCAGCGACGUGGGCGGGUGACGUUAGGACGUUUGAGCCACAGAACUAUACGCCAGAGCAGCUCGAAUCCUUCAAAGACCCUGAAGUGUACCUGGCAUACCGAAAGUCACUCGAAGAGAAAUACUGGCGAGGGUUUCGGAGUGUGUUCCGGGGCAGCGAGCAGAAUGCCAAAAUCCGAGCAGGAUCCAUUGCGCUGGUAAAGCAACGGCUUGCUAGCCAGUCGCCUGAGUUUAUUGAGAAAUUCAUCCCAGAAUUUCCGCCAUCUUGCCGACGCCUGACGCCUGGUCCUGGCUAUCUGGAAGCCGUGGCUGCGCCGAACGUGUCGUAUAUUGACACGCCAAUUGAGCGCUUCACCGAGACGGGUAUCGUGACGACUGACGGUGUUCAUCGUCCAGUGGAUGCCAUUUUCGCCGCCACGGGGGCCAACACCGACUUCAAACCACCAUUCCCAAUUGUGGCAGGGGGUGUUGACCUUCGUUCUGCCUGGACUCCUGGUGGAAAAUGGGGUUACCCGCAUACUUAUCUCGGGUUGGCCACGCCCGGAUUCCCCAACCUGCUUUGGAUCCUUGGUGCGCAUGCUGCUGGCGCCUCUGGAACGAUUCCCCAGGCCGCCGAGGUGCAAAUCACCUACUAUGCCAAACUGCUGCGCAAGGUGUCGACCCAGGGAAUCAAAAGCAUAGCCCCGAGUGACCCCGCCACUGACGAUUUCAUCCGCUACGCUUCUCAGAAGUUUUUCCCCGCCACGGUCUUUUCCCAAAAUUGCAGUUCAUGGGCCAACAGCGGUAUCGCGGGCAGUUUCAUCCACGGACAUUGGCCAGGAAGCGCCGCUCAUAUGACCGUUGUCAGAAAGGAGCCUCGGUGGGAAGAUUGGGUGUACGAGUACCAGAAGUUCGACAGCGGUGAAGGCCAAGCGGGAACGGUUGAUGUCGGUCGCUUUGAAUAUUUGAGCAGCGGCUGGACGAAGAAAGAGUUGGACCCCGCUUUCGAUAUAGUUGGAUACUUGCAAAAGCCCGGCGACCAUGUCGACCUGAGGUCUUUGCAUGAGAAUUGGUGGGAGUAG